AUGGGCUUUUUCAUUCGCAGUUUACAUCGACAAUUAGAACAACUGUGUAACGAACAAUCAAGUACACAUAUGAAACCAUUUAUCGUGUAUCGUGGUCAGGAAUAUUCUCCAGAGGACUUUGAACAAUUACUCACUAAAAAAAGUAGACUUCUCUCGUUCAACAACUUCUUGUUGGCUAGUACACAAAAAGAAGUAGCUAUGGAAUACGUACAAGAUGCAUUGCAUAAAUAUGAAGACCAUGUGAGUGUUCUCUUUAUUAUGACAAUUGAUCCGAGCAAAGUAUCAAUUCCAACUAUCCCAUGCGCCCUCAUUGACAAAUGCAGUGCUAAUCCACAACAACACGAAAUUCUCUUUUCAACACGCACGGUUUUUCGUGUUGGUGAAAUUAAACAAGCAGUCGGCAACAAUCGCCUAUGGGAAUUUCAAUUAACUCUUACAGCAGACGAUGAUCCAGAACUGGCUGCUCUUACUCAAGGCAUGCGAGAGCAAAUCGACGGAAUCGGAUGGAAUCGAAUUGCCCAACUAAUGCUUAAAGUAGGUCAAUUUGAUCUAGCUGAAGAACUUCACAACAAUUUACUCAACAAGUAA